GGGGCGCCCGCAGCAUGCGGAGGCUCCGGCGCCUGGCGCACCUGGUGCUCUUCUGCCCCUUCUCCUCGGGCCUGCAGGGCCGCCUCCCCGGCAUCAAAGUGAAAUACCUACUGGUGCUGUGGCUGGGCGUCUUCGUGGGCAGCUGGGUGGCCUAUGUGCACUACGCGUCCUACUCCGAGCUCUGCCGGGGCCACGUGUGCCGCGCCGUCAUCUGUGACCAGUACAAGAAAGGAAUCAUUUCUGGCUCGACAUGCAAAGACCUGUGCGAGGAGCACACCCUCCGCUUCCAGCGCUGCCUCUCCUCCUCUCCCACGCAGCAGGUUUACAGUGGGCUCUGGAAGGAGAGAGAGGUGAUCAUCAAAUGCGGUAUUGAAGAGGCCCUAAAGGCAGACAGCAACCCGGACUCUGUGCCCAGGAGGGAUGUGGUUCUCUUUGACAAACCGACACGAGGGACGUCGAUGGAUGAGUUCAAAGAAAUGCUCCUGAAUUUCCUAAAGUCCAACCUAGGAGAUCAGACUUCUCUUGCAGCCUUGGUGAGCCAGAUCAUCACCAUGGCAGACGUGAACAGAGAUGGGAAAGUAUCUUUAGCAGAGGCUAAAUCCAUCUGGGCACUACUUCAGCUCAACGAAUUUCUUCUCAUGCUCUCUUUGCAUGAGAAAGAACACACUUCCAAACUCCUCGGGCACUGUGGAGACCUCUACAUCACAGAGAAGAUCCCCCACAACUCCCUCUAUGGAGCAGAUGUCCCCUACUUCCUCCAGUCACUACUACCUUCAGUCAUCCACCAAUUCAUCCACCAGUGGUUUGCACCAGCAUGGCCCAGGCGGGCAAAAGUUGCCAUCGGCCUUCUGGAGUUUGUGGAGGAGAUAUUCCACGGGACAUAUGGGAACUUCUACAUCUGCGAAACCAGCUUUAAGAACGUGGGCUACAAUGACAAAUAUGACUUCAAGAUGGUCAAUCUGAGGAAGGUGGCAACAGAGAUGACAAUCAGAGGUUUCCUCAAGGGACGUCACUGUGAGCAGAACGUGGACUGCACCUAUGGGAAGGACUGUAUGGCGACUUGUGACAAACUCAUGAAGCAGUGCAAAAGUGAUAUGGUGCAGCCAAACCUGGCUAAAGUCUGUGGGCUGCUGCAGGACUACUUGCUGUACGGAGCACCACCUGAUUUGAAAGAGGAGCUGCAGAAGCAGCUCCGAACUUGUAUGACCCUCAGUGGCUUGGCUAGCCAGAUGGAAGUGCAUCACUCCCUUGUGUUGAACAACCUCAAGACUUUGCUUUGGAAGAAGAUUUCGAACACCAAAUAUUCCUAAUGGGAGAAGCGCAGUCCCAGAGUUUAGAAUCUAAAGUCCUUGGGUAAAGUCCAGCCAAGGGUCAAAGGUCUGUAUCUCCAUCCUCUCCUCUCCAGGAAAACACCCUACUCCGGGAGUUCAGCAUAGUUGCAGCCCCUUUUCCUUCAUGAAAAGCAGAACAUCUCGACUUACACCACCCGGCAGAAUCAUUGAAACAGCGCUUUCGGUCUGCAAGUGCGUGCUGCAGAGCAGGAGUACCAAGAGCCUGGCUGAACAGGCUUGGGGGAAGAUGACGACACAGGAAGAGAUAAGGAACCAGAGCCCAGAUGGAUGCAUAGAACUGUUUCUUGAUUAACAGGAAAGCAGUACAGAAAGAUGAGAAUGAAUCACUCAUACUGUACUUGUCACAUCUUGUUUUGAUGAACAUCUCUUAUGUAA